AAAUAAACUACGGCAAUUUUGCCGACUACUUUUUGUCUAUAUAUUUUUUUUUAUACACGAAAACACACUUUCAGAUCGAUUCACAAUUCACAAGAGACCCGAAAAUUAAAUUUCGAUCGAAUGGUUAAGGCUUUUCAAGAAAAAAAAAACUUUUAAAGGACUAGUUUCAAAAUGAUAUUUUUAAACAAGGAAAAUAUUUACGAGAACGAUUUGGUUAAACAGUCGAAAGUCGAUUGGCAGGAAAGGAAAUAUGCAAAAUGUCCGCUGUGUCCGGCUGACAUAUCUGAUGAAAACUUCUCGUGCACGACUUCGGAUAGGAAACGGCGUCAUCAGAGAGAUGCUUUCGACAAUUUAUCCGACGCGAACUUCUCGAUCCCGGCUACGUUGCUAAACGGGGGGAUACUUAGUAUAGCAGGGUGCGGUUUUCCCGGAGUACAGAAUAACUCGGAUAAUGUUAAAUUUAAGAGAAGGAACAAUAACAGAACAUUGGAAACGUUUAAAACUUUAUCCCGCCAUAAACGCGUGAUUGAACCGGACGCCAUGCUGGGGCCUAAAAGGACUUUCCCUUGCACAGGAUGUCCUAUUAACAUGCUCCCUUUUACGGUCAGGAGAAACUCUGAAAAAGACAGUACGACCUCGUGUAGGAAAAUACGCUUGUCUAAAAACCCGUCCGAUGCGAACAAAUCGGUGUCUAGGUCAGUUUCCGUGGGGUCUCGAGUGACUGAACAAAAAUCUAAAAGGAGACAAUUUAAAAUUUUGGAAACGGACGAAUCGGAACUCAAGAAAACUAAAUCGUCCUCAUUCUGCAAAAGUCCGUCGAGAGGAUCCAGCCGGCGUUCCUCACGUCUCAAACGACAUCAUUCGCUUUUGUCAGUACGCAAGAGGCAUCGACGUCGUUCUGUCACUCCGGCCCCGAUAAAGACGUCUUUCUCGGUGGAAACUCAGGUCAGCUUCACGGAAGAAGAAAAACAUCACAAGUCCAUUCCUCGGGCGAGUAACCGUUCAUCUAAGAAUAUUUUAAACUGCACGUAUGAAAACAGAUCGUCUCAAAUAGAAGACGAAAUCCCACCAGUGACGGAACCGCCGGGUUCUUUUAUGGAUCCCACUCCUAAUAAAACGCAGCAGUCGAUCGAACGUGGCGGCGAAUCUUCGGAAAACAUCAGGGAAAGCUUUAUCACCGAGAGUGAGGUCGUCCAGACAGACUCGAAUCAGUCACCCCCAAACGUUACUGUGAAAAAUGUGCAAUUAGAAAACAAUGGUUCGAUUAACGAUUUUAGAAGUGAGAAUUGCAUUGUUGAAAAUACUAAUGAUUCUUUACAUUUAAAAAGUUCUCAAGACUUGAGCGUAGCAGAACAAACCCGUUUAAACAAUUCUUUCGAUCAGAAUGUGCAAGAAUCGCAUUCCGACGCCUUGGAGCGGAGCGUUCAAGAGCUACAUUUGAAAAAUUCUGUGGACCUACAAGAAGAGCCUUCGACACGCUUUGUAUGUCGUUCUUUUCCAGAAGGAUUUACUGAUAGUUUAACAAUGCGAAAUAAUUAUAUAGACGACGCAAUUAACAAAGCGAAAACACAUGAUUUUCUUCAUGAAUUUUAUCAGGAGAUGGGAAACGAAGAGUUCGACCGUGAAAUGUUCGACGACGAAAGCGACGAAGACUUGAAACAGAGAUCCGACGAUCAGUUGAUCAUUAUAGAUUCAUCCGCGUCCGACGUCCACGAAGAUAAUCCGAUAAUGAGCGAAGACGAAAAAAGGGCGAUUUUGGAAGAGAUGGUGGGACCGAGGAUAAAUUAUUUCAAGUUCGAUUCCGAAACGGACAACGACGACGCAAGUCCGUGUGGAAAGUAUUUGAACAAACUGCCCCAAGUGUUCAGAAUAAAGACUAACGGUGAACUCAAAAAGUUCGAAAUAGAAAAUAUAGUGAGGCAAUACAGAUAUUCCUAUUUAGUCAGGAUAAUGAAUAAGUGUCCAAAACCGGAUCUCAGACUGAGGAGGUGCAGAAGGUCCGAAAGGAGUGAGAGAUAUUACCUAGACUCCUCGAUUAAAAAGAAGAGGCUGCUAGGGAGAUCGGAGCACAGCAAACUUCAGCGCGGUUCGAGCAGACGACUUGUCAAAAAAACCUCGUUGUGCGAUAAGAGGAUGAAGAAGGAACUGGGCCCGGCCACCAUCUGGAACGGACCGACUCCUUCCAGGAGAAAACUCGAAGCGCCCAAAUUCUGCCAGACGUUAGAUUAUAACGCCUUAUUUGAUGUACAAUUCGAUAGUAAACAGGCUGACCGUACUAAAUUGCCAGGACCUCCGACUACCCACGGCGGCAAGGAUCCAAGUCUUUUCGACAACUUACAGUCGACCUCACACCAAAAUGUAAUACCAAUGAAAAAUCCACUGCUUGUCGGAGAAGUAUGGAAUAUGUGGGAAAUGGAUUGUAUUCAAAACUAUUUGAAAACUUGCACAACCUCAAACGACAAAGACGAGUCAUUAGAAAGUAAAGUCAAUUUACCGAAACGUUCAGAUACUAAAGGUAAAUCGUGCCCUUUCUCACCGUGGCCAUGCCCUUUAGGCCCUAUUUGCCCUUUUCCUCCAUCGAAGAACGACGAUGACGAUAUGCGUAAAGAAUCCGGUCCUUGCCAGCAUUCGAAAACGGGUUGUACUAAGAGGUCUGAUUUCAACCCUUCGCCAGACGUGGCUGACAUUAUUAAAGAAAUUAAAAAAUUCAAAGAGUCCUCGUUUCUCGAUAUGCCAACGUUCCCGAAACCUUGCCUCUCUGGCAACGGUGUUAAAAAGGUGAAGUCGGUAAUCGUCAAUAAAGUCUCCAUCGGCACAGUGACAAGCUGCGAAUGCGUCGUAUUACCUAAAUGCAGAUUCAAGCGAAAAAAGGUAGUUUGCAAUCGAGACGAAUUGGCGGAACAUUGUGACAAUUUUAAAACGAGAAGGCGGAUGUGCGAUAGAAGAAAAUCGAAAAGCGAACACAACAUGGCGAAAAAAAUGGGCAAGUAUUGGUAUCGAAGUCGUAAAGACAAUACUUACCACGCAUUAAGACUUUCAGCGUUUCCGGGACAACCGCCUUGUGAGGGUCAUGUUUGUAAUAAUUACCAUGUCACCCCAGACGAUAGAUGCAUCAAAUUAUACCCUCCGAGGAGAAAUUUUGCGAUCAGAGAUAGGAGAAACACGCCAUUGAAACGGGCCGACGAUUCACAGCGGACCGGCCGUAUCAGAUGUAGUUCUUCGGAAGAAAUGGUAAAAGUUAAAAGACACAAAGCUAUAUAUGGCAGUUCUGCCAGAAGGAUAAAGAAAACCCAUACUUCUGACGAUUUUGACGGUUAUCCACAAAUGGAUUGUCUGACAGAAGAUUGUUCGGAAUGUCAACAGUGUUGGGAAGUCUCGUCAGAAGAUAGACAGUGGUUGCAUUCCGAUCGAGACACGCCGACGUAUGCUUGUAGGAAAAACGUCGAUUUCCUCCCAACGGAAAAAUAUACCGGAAAAUACGAUACAAAAAAAACGAGUGUUUUUCCUGUCAAAUAUCAACGGUCGAGUAGUUCCGAAUACAAGCGUUCGACGAGAGAAACUAGACUUAGAAUGAGGAGCUUCGAGCCUAGGAGUGACGCGAUUUCCAAGGAUUAUCACGCCCACUCAUCAAAUGUUAUGAAACAUCGAAACAGAGAAUUUCGCCGUAGCAAUUCUUCCCAUCUCUUUAGGAAUGAUUUUUUCAACGAAUUGAGCUUUUAUGCGGAUCCGCACUUUCCAAAGCCUAAUUUUAUCAGUUAUAAUACGAGUCUGUACCACAGAAGGAGUCGUAUAUCUUGUUUGCCGCCGUCCGUCGCGUCUAAGAUCAUUUUGAAUAACGAUAAGUGCAUGCUUAAAAAUAAUAAUCCGGUUUUUUUAUCCGAAAGGACAAAUACGUGUACAAGUUGUAAAGGGCAAGAUCGAUCACGGGUGAAGCGGGCCAGUGGAAAACACGUGGAUUAUUUCUGACAUGUGGAAUCCAGGACAAAUAUAUGAAAAUACAUUUA